UUUUACAAGCCCUGGGUUAUCGAUUAAAGCAAAAUGCCUGAGAGUGAUAUUUUAGAUAUAAGUUCACAGUACGAAACGGAUUCCAAAAUAACAAAAAUUGAAUAUCAUUCAUAUACACCUUAUACUACAUCAUUUAAUAAUAACGAUGAAAUACGUAUUUCAAUCCAGCAAACAGAUGUUUAUCCGUAUCUAUACGAAAGCUUUAUUUAUUUAGAAGGAAUGAUUUCGGAAGCUGACAAAGUGAAACUAUCUAAUAACGGUUACUCUUAUCUCUUCGAACAAAUACGAUUGGAAAUCAACGGGAUAGAAGUAGAUAGCACACGUGUUCUUGGAAUCACGAGCUCGUUGAAAGGUUACUUAUCCGGUACACCAGACAACUAUAAUUGUUAUGAAAAUGCAGGCUGGAAUUUUAAAAACGGAACACAAUCAUCAAAUGAAAAAGGUGAAUUUAGUGCUUGUAUUCCAUUGAAAUAUUGGUUAGGUUUGUUUGAAGACUUUAAAAAAAUAUUGGUUAAUUCAAGAUUGGAAUUAAUAUUAACUCGAAGUCAUACUGAUUUAAAUGCGUUAAACUUUAAAAGUGGUAUAGUUGCAUCUACAGCCAAAGUUACUUUAAACAAAAUAGUAUGGAAGGUCCCACAUAUCACUGUUGACGAUGGAGAACGGUUAAAAUUAUUGAAACUUGUAGAAAGAGAAAAAAGUUUGUUUAUUCCUUUUAGAUCAUUUGAAACUUUUGAAUACCCUGAACUCGGAAUCGCAAAAAAAAUUGUAUGGAAUUUAAAAACUGCUUCAAAAUUAGAAAAACCACGAUUUAUUAUAAUUGGAUUACAAAAAGGACGUAAAAAUUCUUUUGCAAAAGAUUGUAGUAUAUUUGAUCAUUGUAAUCUGACAAACGUUAAAGUUUUUCUGAACUCAGUCGCAUAUCCAUAUGAUAAUUUGAAUUUAGAUUUUUCGAAAAAUAAUUUCACCUUAUUAUAUGAUAUGUAUACAUCGUUUCAAGAAUCUUACUAUGAAAAAAGUAAACGUAAUCCUAUAUUAAGCCCUUCUACUUUUUUAACAAACGCUCCAAUUAUUGUAGUUGACACUUCAAAACAGAACGAUUCAGCCACAGCCUCAGCAGUAGAUGUUCAAUUAGAAAUUGAAUCAUCAGAAUCGCUUUCAGGUGUAUCUGCUUAUUGUUUAUUAAUUCAUGAUCGAAUUGUUGAAUAUGUACCUUUUACUAGAGAAGUAAGAAAACUAGUGUAAAUAAUAAUUUAAAAUUGUAAACAUUUAAUAUUUGAUGUAAAAUACUAUUAAUUGAUUAAAAAA